CAUUUUAGCCAUUGAAAAGUCGGGAACUAACUUCAGCCCUCACGGGUUAGCGAUCAAAAAGUUGCAACUCUCGUUCUCUCUUCAACGGGUUUGCUCUCUCUCUAGAGCUCCAAGACAGAUUGGAAGCAUCCAUGGCAGAUUUGCUCAAUCUUCUUCAAAUUUUGAUUUCAUCAUCGAUUCAUUGAAGAAGAAUCUCGGUUGUCGAUUUACUUCUCUUCCGAGUUCUCUGUCACCUGGUAUCGAAAACCCUUGGUUACUUUAAAACCAAAGGUUCCAACCAAAGCUGUAUGUGCAAAGCAUCUUGAGUUGAGAAAAGAAAUAUUGACUUUAUUGAAUCUUCAGAAACAGGAAAAAAAGGCAUAGACCAUAUAUCAUUUGCAAAUUUCGGCUAUUUCAAAGGCCCAGCUGAAGCCUCUGUUGAUGCUAUACACCUCAUUCUGAAAGAACUUGUGAGGAAAUCACUAUCAGCAACACAGGUCGAUAACUAGAGACGAUGUCCUGCAACUGCACUGCGCUGCUACCCUCAGCCCUACCCAUCCCAACGAAGACGACAACGACGACAAAGCUCACCAACACCAAAACCAACUCCAAAACACGCCAUGUCAGCCCUAGAAUGUCACUGAACCAACAACCCCCGAACCCUAACCCCCUCAUAACCCUCACCAGGCUCCUAUGGGGUCGGUCUCUUCCACCCCAACUCCUCAUCUCCACCGUCCGUUCCACCUGGUCCGCCGCGUGGCACCUCAUGAUGUCCCAACUCGCCCCCUCGGACCCGACCGGCCGUUACACCCGACCCACCUCCCAAUUUCGCUCCACCCAAUUUUCCUGCCAAAAACCAGGCAUUCUCCAUCUCUACGUGGGCCUGCCUUGCCCCUGGGCGCACCGGACUUUGAUCGUUUGGGCACUCAAGGGCCUCGAAGAUGCCGUGCCGGUCUCGGUUGCCUCGCCGGGACUGGACGGGUCAUGGGAGUUCCAGCAUAGGGAUAUCCCGGAUGGGGAUAGGGUUGUCCCUGGUUUGGAUAAUGCAAAUGGCCGUAAAACCCUUAGGGAGGUUUAUAGGCUUCAGAGAGGGGGAUAUGAUGGCCGGUCCACUGUUCCGAUGCUUUGGGAUGUGGAGAGGAAGGAGGUUGUGUGCAAUGAGAGCUAUGACAUAAUUGAAUUGUUCAAUUCGGGUUUGAAUCGGUUGGCGAAGAAUCCUGAUUUGGAUCUUUCACCGCCAUCGUUGAAGAAAAAGAUUGAGGAUUGGAAUCGGAUCAUAUACCCUAAUGUUAACAAUGGUGUCUAUAGGUGUGGAUUUGCUCAGAGUCAACAGGCGUAUGAUUCAGCAGUGAUUGAGUUGUUUAGUACAUUGGACAUGGUAGAUGAUCACUUGGGCAGUUUUAGGUAUUUAUGUGGUGAUGUGUUGACCCUAGCAGAUAUAUGUUUGUUUACAACUUUGAUUAGGUUUGAUCUUGUGUAUAAUGUUCUGUUCAAAUGCACGAAGAGGAAGCUGAUUGAAUAUCCAAACCUUCAUGCGUAUAUGUGUGAUAUCUAUCAGAUUCCAAAGGUUGCAGCAACUUGCAAUUUUGGAGCAAUUAUGGAUGGUUACUACAACAUUCUUUUUCCACUGAAUCCAAGCAGCAUUCGACCUGUCAUGCCUUCCGGCUGCGAGCAUGAAUUCCUCUCUCAACCUCACAACAGGGCGUCUCUGUCAUCGGUAGAUAAAAAUGUACAGGCACUUGUUUCAUAAAGUUCGCUUGUAGUACGUAAUUCCGAUGUAUUACUCACCUUAAGCUUGCUUUCAGUAUGUAAUUCAGAUGUAUAACUCGCCUUACUGCACAUUGUGAAUUUGUUGUUGUAUAUGAUGCUAGCCUUUUAUAGAGUCGAAUAGAGAAAAAUGAUUCACGUAGCCAAUCCUAUUUCAUGGGACUUAAGGCUUGGUUUGGUUUAUAUGCUGUAAACAUUCCUCCACAACCUGUAUAGAGGGCUUUCUGCCUGUUGAUAAAAGUAGAAACCGAAAUUAUGUAAAAUAUGUAAACUGCCAACAAUGAAAUAGAUAUCGAUUGUAUUUGCUA